AUGGAAACCGUUUGAUAUCUAAAACUCCGUCCAUCCAUCUUUCUCUUUUGUAAUCUGUGAAAACAUGCCAGAAUUGACGGAAUUGCUUCGGAAGCGUCUAAUGGACACCAUCCGAGCCAUCCAACCCCCAGAGAAAUGGAAGCUUAUGGUCAUCGAUUCUCAAAGCAUCAAACUUUUGAAUGCUGUGUGCAACAAGUACGAUAUUUUAGAGGAAAACGUAACAGUGAUAGAGAAUAUUGAACGACCACGACAGCCAUACCCAACAUUGGAGGCCAUUUACUUUCUGACACCUUGCAAGGAAUCCGUAUACCGACUGAUAGAUGAUUUCACUGUCAAGGGUCCGAUGUACAAAGGCGCGCAUGUACAUUUCACUAGUGCCUUAGAAGAUGAUCUAUUUGACGAAUUUAACCGUCGCUUGAAGUCAAGAAAUGCUUCACAAUACAUACUUCGUCUGAAGGAGAUGUACGUUGAUUUUAUGGCCGUGGAAUCAAGCGUUUUCACCUUUGAUCGGCCGAUAAGUUUUUUCAACUUGUUCGGGCCCGAGGAGCGCUCAAAGUUUGAACCCGAGUUGGAGAAGUUGGCGAAACAGAUUGUUUCCAUAUGUGCCACGUUGGGAGAGGACCCAAUAAUUCGCUAUCAUAGACCGCUAGACGAAGAUACUGGUGCCCCCAUUAAUAAGUCCUUGCCCUAUAAGUUGGCUAUGACGGUGCAACGAGAAAUAGAUAAUUUUUGUAGGAUAAACCCCAACUUUCCGCCUCCACGACAGCCACCACAGCCGCGUGCGACACUUGUCAUUGUGGAUAGGUCAAUUGAUCAUGCUUCGCCUCUGCUACACGAGUUUACUUAUCAAGCUAUGAUCACAGACCUCUUACCGGUUGAGCCUGCCGGCACUGCCAUAAAGUAUAAUUAUGAAUAUGGUCAAUCAGAUGGUACCACCGGCUCCAAAGAAGUCGUUUUGGACGAAAGCGAUACUAUUUACACGAGCGUUCGCCAUUUACACAUUGCUGAAACCACUGAUAAAUUGAUCGAAAACUUCAACAAGUUCCUUCAGGAAAACAAGGCAGCUCUUAGUGCUAGCGAGGGCUCCAAUAUGCCUCCCAAAGACUCUGCAAGAAGCUUGCGCGAUAUGAAGGAAAUGUUGACCAAUCUUCCGCAGUUCCAAGAUCUAAAAGCGAAGUAUUCGGCACAUCUUAGCAUUGCCCAGGAGUGCAUGUCUGUUUUUGAGAAGCAGAAAUUGAAUUCUGUCGGAAACUUGGAACAGAAUAUGGCGACAGGUGAAACUCCCAAUGGCGAUAUGCCCAAGACAAUCGUGCUUGAUAUGGUGCCUCUGCUGGAUGAUCCCUACGUCAGUCCUCUAGAUAAGGCAAGGCUACUCAUGCUCUAUAUCAUCUCGCGAGAGGGUGGUAUCUUUGAUGAAGAUAGAAAGAAAUUGCUCGAACAUGCAAGACUUCCACGUGAUCUUCGAGAGGCGAUCAAUAAUCUGACAAUCUUAGGAGUUAAACUGACUAAAGUGCAGCGGAAAGCAGGGGAAAAAUCUUUACGCAAGAAGAGAGAGCGGCGUAAAUCGAGCAAGGAUCAGGAACAACCUUAUGAGUUGUCGCGAUAUAUGAACACCGUCAAGAAAGUCAUGGAGGCAAGCAUUACCGGUACCAUGGAUGCCGGUCAAUUUCCUUAUACUCGGCAAUCUGAUGCCGAGCUACAUGAAGAAGGAUCGAAGGCUGGAUCAACAGUACCUGCUACAGGAGUGUCUUUACGAACAACCAAGCCGACUUGGAGUAAGAAAACCAACAGUAUGGGGGGCACACCAAGAAAUCCAACUGGAGCUAGAUUGAUCAUCUUUGUAGCAGGAGGUAUGACUUACUCAGAGAUGCGGUCUGCAUACGAAAUUGCAGAUAUGCACAACCGAGACGUUAUAAUUGGCUCAAGCCAUAUUAUUACUCCAGCUGGAUAUAUUCAAGACCUUAGCAAGUUACGGAAACCAGCACCUAUACCCCACAGAGUGUUUGGUCAACGCUCUAUUAUCAUUAUUUCCUAAAGAAGUGGUCGUUGUAAUUUACCAGAGAGUCGGCAAGUUUAGACAGAAACACAUUAACAUUCCUCCUUUGGGGAAUAUACGAAAUCCGGAGCAUAAUUUUAAAAUAAAGAAAAAAAACAAAGUUACCUUUUACCACAAGCAAAACU